UCCGGCAUCAGCUAUCCAGAUAUAAUCAUGAAGGUUCUGUUUGUCCUGUUUGCCCUGGUGGCGGCGGCUUCGGCCAGCGAUCUGGGCCAGUACGGAGACGAGCAGGAGCACCAGGACGUCGAACACACACCCUACGAGUUCAGCUACGCCGUCGAGGACGACGACACCGUGUUCUCUCAGAGCGAGCAGGGCGACGAGGAGGGUGACGUGGAGGGCGAGUACGCCGUCAACCUGCCCGACGGCCGUGUGCAGACGGUCCGCUACUCGGCCGGCGACGAGACCGGCUACACGGCCGAGGUCAGCUACGAGGGCGAGGCCCAGUACCCCGAGCAGGACUCCUACGAGCAGGAGGAGGAGCAGGAGCAGGAGCAGGAGGAGGAGCAGGAGCAGGAGGAGCUGAUUCCUAUCUAUGCCUACCGGCCCGUGUACAACUAG